AUCUUAACUAGCAUGCAAGCAACGUUUACAUCCAGCUCCACGUACGUCCCUGAAUCCCACAUGGCUAAUGACCGACAACAUUCGCUGCUUCUGCUUGGGUCCUCAUUGGUCUGCCGGUGGUUAACAGGAUUAGCAGUAAGUAGCUUUUGCCGAAAGGUAAAUCUUGCAGGAAAGUAGGUGAUCCUCCUUCAGAGAACCAACACCUCUUCUGACCAACGUUGAGGUGUUGACACGAGGAAAUAUGAGCUAAAACGCCACUUGGAGCUGUCAAACCUCCGGGACACUUUACUUUGAAGUUUGUCAGAGACUUUAGCAGACAUGGUAGAGGUGUUCACCGGAAGGACACUCCUGAAUAAAGACGGGGAUUUAGUCGAUCCUGAAGAGGCGUUAAGGAAUAAAGUGGUGGGGAUCUACUUUUCUGCAGGAUGGUGUCCCCCAUGUCGAGACUUCACACCCAUCCUGUGUGAUUUCUACACGGAUCUGGUUGAAGAGAGCGAACCUCCGGCUCAGUUUGAAAUAGUUUUUGUCUCCUCAGACAAGUCGAUGGAUGACAUGGUUGAAUAUUAUCAUGAUAUGCACGGAGACUGGCUAGCUCUGCCCUGGACGGAUGAUUACAAGCAUGAGUUGAAGCAGCGCUACAAGAUCACAGCGGUCCCUAAACUGGUGAUUGUGAAGGAGAACGGCGACAUGAUCACAGACAAGGGCAGGAAACAGAUCCGAGACCGAGGCCUGACCUGCUUCCGGUCCUGGCUGGACGCUGCAGAGAUCUUCCAGAACUUUAAUGGUUAGGAAACAAAGUGGAGGAACACGACAACCCAUCUUUCCACGAGGGCUACUGCAGCCACUCUAGAGAGCCGAACAAAACCAAAGUAAAAUAUUUCUAUGCUCAUUUUAGUUCAGUGGUUCCCACUGGGGAUGAAGGGUCAGGAGAUUGUUAGGGGAUAUGAAAAAGCUAAUUAAAAUUUCUGUAACACAACAUUGUGUUUUGUCAAAGACUGGAUAUAUUUGACUUCUUAAAAUCCUUUUCAAUAAAUAAUCCGUGAAGGAAAAGUCAAACUUUGGUUGAAUUGCUCACAAGUCAAGCUUCGUUGAGGGGUUUACAUUUAGAUAUGGAUUUGUUUUAAGGGUUCACAUGCCAAAAGGUAUGGAAACGCUGCUUUUUUAAACAUCCUAUGCAUUUAAGACAAACCUCAGGCAUGUCCAUUAUUAUUUGAAAAAUGCUCUGCUUUAAGAAAAGUGUGCAUUAAGUAUGAAUAAUACAAGCCAGCAACUGUAGUUUCUGAGUUAAUUUGAAAUGCAUUCAUUAAUGUUCUUUUAUAAGAUUGUGCACAAAUUAACCAUUCAGUUAAACCUUGCAUAAAUUUAUUAGGUAGAUAUCUUUAUGAUUUUUAAGGUUUGACUUGUAGUUCUACAUUGAACUGCCUCUAUAUUUUUGUAUUUUUAUUUUAUAUGGCUUGUUAAGACAGUUAUUAUUAAAAAUCUAUAUAUUCUGA